AUGCAGGGCGCAUGCUACACAGAACCCGCUUCCCAGAACUUAUCCAAGGUAUCCGUCUACGCUCAGGCCGCCCAGCGCGACCGUCUGUCGGCCUUUGGGGUCCUCCUGGCUGGUGCGCCUGUCAGCAACAUGACCUAUCUCACUCCCAGAUGGGACUCACUGAACAUGACCACCAUCAGCAACCUUAACUUCAGCAAGACGCAGGCGAAUGGUACCAGGAUCUGUCUUGAGCUGUUCAAGCCUACCACCAUCAACGAGUUUUGCGAACGAGAGGGCGCGUCAGGAUCGUUCUGCUGGGUUGCCCUGUUUAAUGACAACAACUGUGUACCGCCUAACUCAACUGUGGUGAUCUCUAAGCGCCUGUGCUGCCCAAGAUUUCAGUCUUUCCUGUCCCCGUGA